CACAUUUCACAUACUGCACAGUCUUCAUCAUGGUCUCUACACUGCUUCCAGCACUUCGCGGCGGCAGGCGGGUUCUGCAGCGGAGCACUAGACUGAACCAGACAGUGCGCGGCGCGGCGGGCACAGCGACACAAAAGCGCGAAGGCGACAUAUCAGAUGCCUUUGCGUCGCUAUCCGGCCUGCAAUUCGAGCCACUCGAGCCACGAUUCGCAGAUCUCAAGAAGCGCCUGAUUGCAGGGCAUGAGGAAGCGCUAUAUCAUUCCUGGCAUCGGCUUCUUGCCUCGCUGCGAGAGGAGAUCCCAAUAAUCGCCGAACAAGGGUCCAAAAUUGUCCCAGAAAUCGACUUCAAAGACAUCGACAAUGCCAGCGAAAACUUCAAAUCCGAGCACAGGAAGCGCGGAGUGGCAGUUAUUCGCAACGUGAUACCAGAGCAAGAAGCUUUGGACCUCAAGACUGGGCUGAAGGAGUACAUUGCGGCGAACCCACACACGAAGGCAUUUCCUGCAGAUAAUCCCCAAGUGUACGAAUUGUACUGGAGUCCUUCGCAGAUUAAAGCUCGAUCGCAUCCGAAUUUGAUCAAGGCACAGCGCUUCUUGACGGAAUUUUGGCAUUCGAAAGAUCCCAAUGCUGCGAUUUCAUCGAGUCACCCUAUGAUAUAUGCGGAUCGGUUGCGAAUGCGCUUGCCGGGAGAUGCCAAGUUUGCUCUGGGUCCUCACGUUGAUGGAGGAUCGUGUGAGAGAUGGGAAGAAGAGGGUUAUGGACGAGGCCAUGUCUAUGACAAGAUCUUCCAAGGAAAAUGGGAAGAAUAUGAUCCUUGGGAAUCAAGCUCGCGUCUUCCUGUGGUUUCCGAUCUUUACCAAGGAGUUGGUGCCUGCUCUAUGUUCCGCAUGUUCCAGGGCUGGCUAUCGCUGAGCUCUACUGGGCCGUACGAGGGAACAUUAUUGGUCAAUCCACUUCUCAGCAGAGCCACUGCCUACUACUUGCUUCGUCCGUUCUUCUCGCCGAAGCGAGCUGCUCAGGACCCCACUGCCGAGAACUAUGAGGAGGCAUUCCUGACCGCAGAUAACUGGACCUUGAGCACUGAGCAAGACUCGUGGCUGCAUGGAGCGUCGAAAGGCCACGGACAGGAGUUGAGCCACCAACUGCACCCACAUUUGAACCUGCCCAGCUCCAUGGUCCACGUGCCAAAGGUCAAUCCUGGAGAUUAUGUCUCCUGGCACUGCGACACCAUUCACGCUGUCGACAAAGUCCAUGCAGGCAAAUCCGAUUCCAGCGUGCUUUAUAUCCCAGCAUGCCCGCUGACCGCCUCCAACGCCAAAUUUGUCGCAAGACAGCGUGAAGCCUUCCUCAGUGGCGCACCAUGCCCAGAUUUCGGUGGAGGUGUUGGUGAAAGCCAGCAUGUUGGUCGUCCAGGCGUUGAAGAUGUGGAAAAGGUCAAUCCUGUGGAAGGCAUGCGAGCAUUUGGUCUUCGCGCCUGGGAUCCCACUGAGCCUGGCCUUUCGGAAGGACAAAAGACUGUUAUGAAGGAGGCGAACAAGAUCUUGGGUUUUGAAUCUUGAGCUUGGAGCCUGCAGGUCAUGAUAUUUAAAUUGUCAUGUUCACUUCUAUUUCGGCAUUGUUAAGAUACAUGUAGCGUGCAGCAUAUUCAUCUAAGGCGCGCAAAGCUUGUGCUGGCUAGCAGGAAAAGCAGUUCUGGUACUACCAUUGCAAACGAUGUUUUCAUUGCUAUUUUUCAGAGCACGGUGUAUCAAAUGACAUUGGAAUAUAGCACGCAUCUUCGGAGUUGCUAC